AACAUGGCGGAACGGCUUUGGCCUGGGAGGUGGCAGACCUGCUUACUGUAUUGAAGAUGUGGCGAGUAAAGAAAUUGAACCUCAGCCUGUCGCCCUCGCCCCAGCCGGGGAAACCAGCUAUGAGAACGCCUCUUCAGGAACUUAACCUGCAGCCCAGUGACUUCGACUCAGGACAAGAGCCCGCUAUGUGCUCCACGUUGACCCCCUCACUACGCAAGCUGGGGCUGCAGGAAAGCAACAACAACUCAUCUCUUCUGGAUUUUGUCACUGCCAAGACACCAGACUCCCCUUCAAAACAAUUCAGUUAUCCCUUAAGGUGGCUAGAAGCUUGUCAACAUGAAUCAGACAAGCAGCCCCUAGAACUGACUCCCCAAACCAACUCUACUCCCAAAACAUUUGAGGAAGAAAUAGACCCAGUGGGGAGCCAUGUGGUUAAAACCAUGGUCCUUGAAUCUUCUCCCGUGGGGCAGCAGCAAGACAUGAUACUUGAGGCUCAUUCAGAUACCAUGGCAGAGACAAACAGCAACUCUCUAAAUGAGCCUUUGGGGCCAGGAGAUCUAGUGAGGAAGGAGGUGGCACCCUGCGUGGAAGACAGGUUUUUAGAAGAUGUUGCUGUUAUGCCUGAGAAAUCUACAUUUCAAGAUUCUCUAUCUCAUCUCUUGGACUCUUCACUAAAUUCCAGUUCUGAGCAACAAUUGCACUGCCUCAAGGAGAGCCUGAGGGACAGUAGCACUGAAUCUGCAGCUGAGCACUUACUACUGCCUGAAAGCAACGAUGAUUUGCCUUCCUCCAUUCUCUGGCUUUCUCUUUCAGCUGGCUUGGCAACAGAUUUCCCUGACAAUCAUGUGGAUCAAGGGAAAGAAAUUGUAGAGCACAAAGCUACUGUGGAAAGAGAAACAAGCUUCCCCAUAUCCCCUGAAAAGGUUGAAUUGGGAGAUCAAGCACUUACCUCAAAUGUGAAAAAUGUUCAGCCUACAUGUCUGACACCAAAUCCAGCAGCAUCAGAAUCCCAGGCAGCUCCAGGCCCAACAGAAGAUACUGGUAGAAUUCUUGGAUGUGAUUCAGAGACUUGGAUGUCCCCAUUGGCCUGGCUAGAAAAAGGUCUCAAUACUUCAGUCAUGCUAGAAAAUCUCCGCCAAAGUUUAUCCCUUCCCACUAUGUUGCAGGAUGCUGCCAUUGGCACUACCCCUUUCUCUACUUGCUCUGUGGGGACUUGGUUUACUCCUCCAGCACCUCAGGAAAAGAGUACAAACAAAUCCCAUAUAGGCCCACAGGGCACUGAGGAAGAAAGUGCUUCAGAGACACAGCAUUGCCUGUGGGGCCAGCAUCCUCCAGAUCUGACUGCCUUGUCUAGACAUGACCUGGAAGGUAAUCUGAUGAGCUCUCUUGUCAUUCUGGAGGUUCUGACCCGCCAGCUACAGGACUGGAAGAACCACCUGGCUGUCCCUCACCCUGAAGCCCAGGACUGUAGCACUCAGACAGAUACUUCUCCUGGUCAGGUAACUAAGGAACCUCAACAUCUUCAGGAGAGCCAAAAGAUUGAACAGGCCCUGCAGCAGGCCAGGAACAUCAUGCAAUCAUGGGUACUAGUCUCUAAAGAGCUCAUGACCUUGCUUCACUUGUCCAUGUUGCAUGUAGAAGAAGAUAAAACAAGUGUGAGUGAGGAGUCUAGGCUUGCAGAAACUUUGAUUUCCUGCUGUGUUGAUGUGCUGAAGAAAUUGAAAGCAAAGCUCCAGAGCCUCAAAACAGAAAGGGAAGAGGCAAGGCACAGAGAGGAAGUGGCCCUCAGAGGCAAGGAUGUGGCAGAGACAGUGCUGGAGGCUUUCUGUGCACAUGCCAGCCAGCGCAUCAGCCAGCUAGAAAAGGACUUGAAAUUCACAAGGCAAUUCAGAGGCCUUCUGCAGGAGGCUCAGGCCCAACUGGUAGACCUUCAUACAGAGCAAGAAGAGCUGGCUCAGCAGACAAUAAGUCUGACUUCUACCUUGGAACAUGACUGGACAUCCAUGCAACUAGAUUAUGUGACAUGGACAGCUUUGCUGAGUCGGUGUCAACAACUCACAGAAAAACUCAAAGCCAAAAGCCGACAGGCCCUGCAGAACCAUGAUGCUGCAGUUGAGGAAAAGCAGCAGAUUUCCAGGGAGCUGGAACAAGCCUCUGCCCAUUUAGAGGACUACAAAGGCCAAAUAGAACAACUGAAAUUGGAAAAUAGUCACUUAGCAACAGAUCUUCAGACUCAGCUACAGAUUCUGGCCGACAUGGAUAGACAGCUAAAAGAGCUGCAGAAUCAGCAUGUCCACUGUACCCAGGACCUGGCCACAAAGGAUGAGUUGCUCUACCAGCUUACCCAGAGCAAUGAAGAGCAGGCUGCUCAAUGGCAAAAAGAAAAGAUGGCACUACAACAAAUUCAAGCAGAACUACAGCAACAACAGGCUGUUUUGGCCAAGGAGGUACAGGACCUCAAGGAGACCCUGGAGUUUGCAGACCAGGAGAAUCAGGUUGCUCACCUGGAACUGGGCCAGGUUGAGUGUCAGUUGAAAACUACACUGGACGUGCUCCGGGAACGCAGCCUGCAGUGUGAGACUCUCAAGGACACUGUAGAGAACCUAAAAGCUGAUCUGACCAGCACCAUAGCAGAGAACCAGGAACAAGACCUGCAGAAGAUGCAACAGUAUUCACAAGAAUUAGGAGUGCUGACAAAGCAACUACAGAGCCUAACUCUUUUUCUACAGACAAAAUUAAAGGAGGAGGCUGACCCAGAGACCCUUUCACUGAGUGUACCCCAUGCUGUAGCAGAGGACCACCCUCCGCCUAAUAGCAGUGACUUCAUGGGGAGCAUCUCGACAGCAGAGACAAAUGAAGAGUCAGAAUCAGCUCCUGUGCCCUUGCUUGGAGGUGGCAAGAGUGCUUUUACCCGAGUAACAUCAACGGUUUCCCUUCAGCCUCCAGAGACCCCGAACAUAGAGGAGAAUCUGGCAGAAAUGAAUACUAAGCUUCUUGAACUUCACAGCCUGUGUAUCCUACUGCAAGAGUCUAAAGAAGAAGCCAUUGGGACACUGGAGAGAAAAAUUUGUGCUCUGCAGAUGAGGCUGCAGGCCCAGGAAGAACAGCAUCAAGAAGCCCAGAAGGCAAAGGAAGCGGACAUAGAAAAGCUGAACCAGGCUUUGUGCUUGCGGUACAAGAAUGAAAAGGAGCUCCAAGAAGUGAUACAGAAGCAGAAUGAGAAGAUCCUAGAGCAGAUAGACAAGAGCCGCGAGCUCAUAAGCCUCAAAGAGGAGGUGACCCAACUCACCCGCUCACUUCGGCGCACAGAAGCAGAGGCUAAAGCGCUCCAGGAGACCCUGGCAGGCCAACUGGAUCCCAACUGUGAGCCUGCAGCCACUAACUGGAUCCAAGAGAAAGUGUGGCUAUAUCAGGAGGUGGACAAGCUGAGGGUGAUGUUCCUGGAGAUGAAAGAUGAGAAAGCAAAACUCAUGGUCAAGUUCCAGAGCCAGAGAAACAUCCUAGAGGAGAACCUUCGGCGCUCUGAUGCAGAGUUAAAGAAACUAGAUGAGAUUGUUCAGCAUAUUUACAAGACUCUGCUGUCCAUCCCAGAGGUAGUGCAAAGUUGCAAGGAGCUGCAAGGAUUGCUAGAAUUUCUGAGCUAAGAAACAGAAAGUAGACAGUGGCACUGAUGUGUGCCCGUAGUUCCAGCUACUCAGGAGGCUGAGGCAGGAGGAUCACCUGAUACCAGGAUUUCAAGACCCCUUCGGGCAACAUAGUAAGACUGUCUCAAAAAGGAAAAAGAAGAAACUGAAAGCUGGAUUCUCCUUCAUCCCUUUUUACCUUCAGUACCCUUUCACGCCAA